UUUAAGAACUGACUACCAGUGGGAAGGAUCUUUUCUGGAGAUCCCUCCUCUGGAGUUUUGCAGCGAGCCCAGGACGUUGGAAAACAGGGCAGGCACAUCCAACCUUUAGCCUUGGAUUUACCGUCACUUCAGUAGAAGAAUCGAGAUGCAAUCACAGGAUUAUGACUGGCACAUUUGUGAAGGGAAGCUGGCCAAGAAAACUCAUUCUGUAUUUUCCUAUGCAGAAGAAUAAAUGGUAAAUAAAAUGUGCAGGAUGAAAAGAUGGAGCAAUCAGUGCUUGUACCACCAGGACCAGACAGCUUCCAAUACUUCACUAGAGAGUCUCUUGCAGCUAUUGAACAACGUAUUGCUGCAGAAAAAGCAAAGAAUUCUAAACAAGAUCGUAAAGACGAUGAUGAAAAUGGGCCAAAGCCAAACAGUGAUUUGGAGGCAGGAAAAACACUUCCAUUUAUAUAUGGUGACAUUCCUCCAGGAAUGGUGUCUGAGCCCUUGGAAGAUAUGGACCCAUAUUAUAUCAACAAAAAAACCUUUAUAGUAUUGAAUAAAGGGAAGGCAAUAUUCCGAUUCAGUGCCACCUCUGCCCUGUACAUUUUAACUCCAUUCAAUCCUCUUAGAAAAAUAGCUAUUAAAAUUUUGGUACAUUCAUUAUUCAGCAUGCUUAUUAUGUGCACUAUUUUGACCAACUGUGUGUUUAUGACCAUGAGUAACCCUCCGGACUGGACCAAGAAUGUAGAGUACACCUUCACUGGAAUAUAUACGUUUGAGUCACUUAUAAAAAUUAUUGCAAGGGGCUUUUGCUUAGAAGAUUUUACUUUUCUUCGAGAUCCGUGGAACUGGCUCGAUUUCACUGUCAUUACCUUUGCGUAUGUAACAGAAUUUGUAAACCUAGGCAAUGUUUCAGCUCUUCGAACUUUCAGAGUAUUGAGAGCUUUGAAAACUAUUUCUGUAAUCCCAGGCUUGAAGACUAUUGUGGGAGCCCUAAUUCAGUCUGUGAAGAAGCUCUCGGAUGUUAUGAUCCUGACUGUGUUUUGUCUGAGUGUAUUUGCACUAAUAGGGCUGCAGCUGUUCAUGGGCAACUUGAGGAAUAAAUGUCUGCAGUGGCCUCCAGAAAAUUUCACUCUGGAAACAAAUAUCACUUCCCAGCUCAACAGCACCAUUGGUGAAAAUGGUACACUGGUUAAUUCAACAGUAACUCCAUUUGACUGGAAGGGGUACAUUGAGGAUGAAAGUCAUUUUUAUUUUCUGGAAGGGCAAAAUGAUGCUCUCCUCUGUGGAAACAGUUCUGAUGCUGGGCAGUGUCCAGAAGGUUACACGUGUGUGAAAGCUGGUAGAAACCCCAAUUAUGGCUACACAAGUUUUGACACUUUCAGCUGGGCUUUCUUGUCACUGUUUCGUUUGAUGACCCAAGACUUCUGGGAAAAUCUUUAUCAGCUGACACUACGUGCUGCUGGGAAAACAUACAUGAUAUUUUUUGUUUUGGUGAUUUUUCUGGGCUCUUUUUAUCUGAUCAACUUGAUCCUGGCUGUGGUUGCCAUGGCUUAUGAAGAGCAGAACCAAGCAACCCUGGAAGAAGCAGAGCAGAAAGAGGCAGAAUUUCAACAAAUGCUGGAACAGCUAAAGAAGCAGCAAGAAGCAGCUCAGGCAGCAGCAGUGGCAGCGGCGGCAGUAACAGCAUCCGCGGAGUCCAGGGAACCCAGCGCCGCAGGAGAAGCAGGUGGGCUUUCAGAAAGUUCCUCAGAGGCUUCCAAAUUGAGCUCAAAGAGUGCCAAAGAGAGGAGAAAUAGAAGGAAAAAAAGAAAACAGAAAGAACAGUCUGGAGGAGAGGAAAAAGAUGAAGAUGAAUUUCACAAGUCUGAAUCAGAAGACAGCAUCAGAAGAAAAGGUUUCCGGUUAUCUAUUGAAGGCAAUAGGCUGACAUAUGAAAAGAAAUACUCUUCUCCACAUCAGUCUUUGCUGAGCAUUCGUGGCUCCCUAUUUUCCCCAAGGCGCAACAGCAGAACAAGUCUUUUCAGCUUCAGAGGUAGAGCAAAGGAUAUAGGAUCUGAAAAUGACUUUGCUGAUGAUGAGCACAGCACUUUUGAAGACAAUGAUAGCAGAAGAGAUUCUCUCUUUGUGCCGCGCAGACACGGUGAACGGCGCAACAGUAACAUUAGUCAGGCCAGUAGGUCAUCCAGGAUGCUGGCAGUGUUUCCAGUGAAUGGGAAGAUGCACAGCACUGUGGAUUGCAAUGGGGUGGUUUCCCUGGUUGGUGGACCAUCUGUUCCUACAUCGCCUGUUGGACAGCUUCUGCCAGAGGUGAUAAUAGAUAAACCAGCUACUGAUGACAAUGGCACCACUACAGAGACAGAAAUGAGGAAGAGAAUAUCAGGCUCUUUCCAUGUUUCUAUGGACUACCUGGAAGAUCCAGCUUUAAGAGAGAGAGCAAUGAGCAUUGCUAGCAUUCUUACAAACACUGUGGAAGAACUCGAAGAAUCAAGACAGAAAUGCCCACCGUGUUGGUAUAAAUUUGCAAAUAUUUUCUUGAUCUGGGACUGCAGUCCUCAUUGGUUAAAAGUAAAGCAUAUUGUCAACUUAGUUGUAAUGGAUCCAUUUGUUGACCUGGCUAUUACAAUUUGCAUUGUUUUAAAUACACUCUUUAUGGCCAUGGAGCAUUAUCCAAUGACUGAUGAAUUCAAUAACGUACUUUCAGUUGGAAAUCUGGUCUUCACUGGAAUCUUCACAGCAGAGAUGUUUCUCAAGAUAAUUGCAAUGGAUCCCUACUAUUAUUUUCAAGAAGGCUGGAAUAUUUUUGAUGGAUUUAUUGUAACCCUUAGCUUGGUUGAGCUUGGUCUUGCAGAUGUGGAAGGACUCUCAGUUCUUCGAUCAUUCAGAUUGUUACGAGUCUUCAAAUUAGCAAAAUCUUGGCCAACUCUAAAUAUGCUGAUUAAGAUUAUUGGCAACUCAGUGGGGGCUCUGGGAAAUUUGACCCUUGUUCUGGCCAUCAUUGUGUUCAUUUUUGCUGUUGUUGGGAUGCAGCUGUUUGGGAAAAACUAUAAGGAAUGUGUCUGCAAAAUUGCAAGUGAUUGUGUACUUCCACGAUGGCACAUGCAAGAUUUUUUUCACUCUUUUUUGAUCGUAUUCCGAGUUCUGUGUGGAGAAUGGAUAGAAACAAUGUGGGACUGCAUGGAGGUUGCUGGCCAAGCAAUGUGCCUUACUGUCUUCAUGAUGGUCAUGGUGAUUGGAAACCUAGUGGUAUUGAACCUAUUUUUGGCCUUGCUGUUGAGCUCAUUUAGUGCUGACAACCUUGCUGUGACAGAUGAUGAUAAUGAAAUGAACAAUCUCCAAAUUGCAGUAGCAAGAAUGCAGAAGGGCAUAGACUAUGUGAAAAGAAAAGCGCGUGAAUUCAUCCAAAAAGCUUUCGUUAAAAAACAAAAAGCUUUAGAUGAAAUCAAACCACUUGAAGAUUUGAACAACAAAAACAGUUGUAUUUCCAACCAUACUGCAGAAUUAAGCAAGGACCAUGAUUACAUUAAAGAUGUGAAUGGAACAACCAGUGGCAUAGGCACAGGCAGCAGUGUGGAGAAAUACAUAAUUGAUGAAAGUGAUUAUAUGUCCUUCAUAAACAAUCCAAGUCUGACUGUGACAGUGCCCAUUGCUGUGGGUGAAUCUGACUUUGAAAAUUUAAAUACAGAGGAGUUUAGUAGUGAAUCAGACCUGGAAGAGAGCAAAGAGAAGCUAAAUAUGUCCAGUUCAUCUGAAGGCAGCACAGUUGACAUUGGACUUCCUGCAGAAGAGCAACCAGAAGCUGAACCUGAGGAAUCCAUGGAGCCAGAGGCCUGCUUCACUGAAGGCUGUGUACGGAGGUUCAAGUGCUGUCAAGUAAGUGUAGAAGAAGGGAGAGGAAAGCAGUGGUGGAACCUUAGAAAAACAUGCUUCAGAAUUGUUGAACACAACUGGUUUGAGACUUUCAUUGUCUUUAUGAUUCUCCUCAGCAGUGGAGCCCUGGCUUUUGAAGAUAUAUAUAUUGAACAGCGCAAGACUAUCAAGGUCAUACUGGACUAUGCUGAUAAAAUCUUCACUUACAUCUUUAUUCUGGAAAUGGUGCUAAAAUGGGUGGCGUAUGGUUUUCAAACUUACUUCACUAAUGCCUGGUGCUGGCUGGACUUCUUGAUUGUUGAUGUCUCCUUAGUUAGCUUAGUAGCUAAUGCUCUCGGUUUCUCAGAACUUGGUGCAAUUAAAUCUCUCCGAACAUUAAGGGCUUUGAGACCUCUAAGAGCUUUGUCACGCUUCGAAGGAAUGAGGGUGGUUGUGAAUGCUCUUACUGGAGCAAUCCCAUCCAUAAUGAAUGUGCUUCUGGUUUGUCUUACAUUCUGGCUAAUUUUCAGCAUCAUGGGAGUAAAUCUGUUUGCUGGCAAGUUCUUUUACUGUGUUAACACCACAACUGGAAUUCAAUUCAAACCAGAUGAAGUUGAUAACAAAACUAUGUGUGAAAAUCAUAGGAGCACUGCAUCAGAUGUUCAAUGGAAAAAUGUGAAAGUAAACUUUGAUAAUGUUGGAGCUGGUUAUCUUUCUCUGCUUCAAGUAGCGACAUUUAAAGGAUGGAUGGAAAUCAUGUAUGCUGCUGUUGACUCUAGGGAUGUAGAGAAACAGCCCAUGUACGAGUAUAACCUGUACAUGUAUCUUUACUUUGUUGCCUUUAUCAUCUUUGGAUCCUUUUUCACCCUAAACUUGUUCAUUGGUGUCAUCAUAGAUAACUUCAACCAACAAAAAAAGAAGAUAAGUGUCAACAUGUUUCAUUUUCUUCAUACUUCAUUGCCUUUAAGUGUUAUGCAGAUCUAUACAAAGAUCUUGGAACUAUUGCUCAGUAUUAUUGCUCAGGAAGAUAAAGAGUGCUGGUUAACUGUCUUGAGUUGUUAAUGAGUUUGCAAGAGAGAGAAAAUUAUUGAUGUUUUUUGGUUGUUUUGUUUUUGUUUUGUUCUGUUUUGUGGGGGAUUUUUUUUCCCUCAGCUGAAAUGGUUUCUAUUAUUCAAAGGAGCAUAGGUUCAUUCCACAAGGAUUAAAAUAGAUUAAAACGCAUCCUAUGAUGGCAAGUUAAGUUCUAUUUGCUAUCUAAACUCUGAAUGUUUUCUAUGGUAGGCUUAUUUUUCUGUAUAUGAAUGGAGCAGAAUUGUGCUGGAGUCUUGUUUACCAAAAAAAAAAAAAA